AUGGGGUUUUGGUUGCCGAGAAUUGUUAAUGCUAAGGCUAGUCUAAAACGGAGUCUUUCAUCUUCGGAGACCACUGUAUUGGUGCCGAAAGGCCACUUUGCUGUUUAUGUUGGAGAAGCUGAAAAGAAGAGAUUUGUUGUGCUGAUUUCAUUCCUCAACCAUCAUUCCUUCCAAUAUAUGUUGAGUCAAGCCGAAGAAGAGUAUGGAUUCAAUCAUCUUAUGGGUGCUCUAACGAUCCCUUGCACCGAAGAAGCUUUCAUUGAUCUCAUUGGAUGUCAACUUGCUGUUUAUGUUGGAGAAGCUGAGAAGAAGAGAUUUGUUGGCCAGAUUUCAUUCCUCAACCAUCCUUCCUUCCAGGUUUUAUUGAGUCGAGGUGAAGAAGAGUACGAAUUUGAUCCGAUCCCUUGCACCGAAGAAGCUAUCGUCGAUCUCAUUGGCAGUCUGCAAAGCUCGUGA